UUUCUGUCAGUUCUCUGAAUCACAAGGAUUGUCUUCAUUUUCAAUCUCCAUCAACCAAAACAGAUCCCCAACGGAACCCAUUUGUGAUCGUCUCCCCUCUUAUCGCACUGCCGUCGCCAUCUAAAACAUAGCAGUGAGGGAACCCAUGCUCAUCUUCCACGAACCAAUAUUUCCACAACCUCAUCGAAGAAUCCAUACAAUACGUCUCAUUGAACCAUCCAUACCAUUGAAAAACGGGUACCGGCCCGAUCGCGAAAAAAAAACCAUCCAUACCAUACGUGAGAGCACUGGUGCAAACAUGGACGUGUCACCGUUCCUUGCACUGCUGCUCGUUGCCCUCCUCUCCCUGCUCCUCUUCCUCUCCACCGGUAGGAAGACGCUGGGCGGCGGCGAUGGCCGCCGGGUGCCGCCGUCGCCUCCGGGCCUUCCUCUCUUGGGACACCUGCCUCUUCUGGGCCCCCUGCCGCACCGGAAGCUGUGGGCGAUGGCGCAGGCGCACGGCCCGGUGAUGCUCCUCCGCUUCGGCCGCGUGCCCACGGUGGUGGCCUCGUCGGCAGCCGCGGCGCAGGAGGUGAUGAAGACCCACGACCUGGCGUACGCGAGCCGCCCCAGGGUGCGCAUGGCCGAGCGCCUCGUCUACGGCCGCGACGUUGCCUUCGUCCCCUACGGCGAGCACUGGCGCCAGGGCCGCCGCGUCUGCGUGCUCCACCUCCUCAGCCAGCGCCGCGUCAGCUCCUUCCGCCACGCCCGGGAGCAGGAGGUCGCCGCGAUGCUCGCCCGCGUCCGCCGCGACGGCGCCGUGAACCUCACCGCCCAAAUCAUCUCCUACACCAACGGCAUCAUCUCCCGCGCCGCGUUCGGCGACAAAGGACGGAGCUACUACUACGACGGGCCCGACGGCGGCGAGAAGCUCACGAAGCUGUUCGCCGACUUCGAGGGGCUCCUGGGGACCGUCGCCAUGGGGGACUUCGUGCCGUGGCUGGCGUGGGUCGACGCGCUCAUGGGGCUGGACGCCAAGGCCACGCGCACGUCCGCGGAGAUGGACGCCUUCCUCGAGCGGGUCAUCGCGGACCACCGCCAGAGGCGCCGUGGCGCCCACCGUGACGGCGACGAUCACCGGGACUUCGUCGACGUGCUCUUGGACGUGAACGAGGACGAGGCGGACGCCGCCGGUGGAGCCAAGUUUGACGACGUGGCCAUCAAGGCCAUUAUCCUGGACAUGUUUGCCGCCGCCACGGACACGACCUACACGACGCUAGUAUGGGCCAUGGCGGAGCUCAUCAACCACCCACACGAGAUGCGCAAGGUCCAGGACGAGAUACGCGCGGCCGUCGCCGUCGCCGUCGCCGGCGGCGACCGCUUCGUCACCGAGGACCACCUCCAGAAGCUGCGCUACCUCAGGUGCGUCAUCAAGGAGACGCUCCGGCUGCGGACGCCGGUGCCGCUCCUGCUGCCCCGCGAGACGACCGUGGACACGGAGCUGCUCGGCUACCACGUCCCAGCGCGCACCCGCGUCAUCGUCAACGCCUGGGCCAUCGCGCGGGACCCAGCCACGUGGGACCGCGCCGACGAGUUCGUGCCGGAGCGGUUCGCCGGCGACGACCUCACGGCGGACUACUUGCUCGGACAGGACUUCAGGUUCGUGCCGUUCGGAGCCGGGAGAAGAGGGUGUCCCGGGGUGGGGUUCUCUGUGCCGGUCAUGGAGCUGGCGCUGGCGAGCUUGCUGUAUCACUUUGACUGGGAGCUGCCGGCUGGAGGACCGUCGAAGCUGGAGAUGGACGAGCUGAACGGGCUGUCCGUACGGCUCAAGGCGAACCUGUGUUUGGUUGCUAAGCCAUGGUGUCGUCAGUAAGAUCAUGAUGCAUAUCUUUGUUGGCAGUAGUGAGGAUUAAAACAUACGGAGUACGUGCUUGAUUUUGGUUGCAUUGUAUCAUGGAUGUAAAAGUAUAAAAGUGAGGUUUAAGUUUAUGUGCUAAAUUUACUAGCUAUUUAGCAAUGUUUUUCUCUCAUAACAAAUCAACAAAUAACGAAUAAUUAUACAAGAUUUAGAUGC